CUCCCAGCGCCCCCUCCUGGCUGGGUGGGGGCCGCUCCUGGCUGAGCUGGGGUGCCCCCCCCUCCUCACUCAAGGCCAGCCCUUUCCUGUGGUGUCAUCUCAGCGCUGCGCACCACUCACUCAUAACUCGCACCCGGAUCCCGGCCGCGCUCCGUCCCUUCCUGCGCCCCCAGGAUGGCACUUCAGCCAAAGGGGGCCUGGGCAAUGUGAACGCUGCUCUUGCGCUCAGGUCGAGCACGGAGCUGCGCAAGGAAAAGUCCCGGGAUGCGGCCCGCAGCCGGCGCAGCCAGGAGACCGAGGUGCUGUACCAGCUGGCGCACACGCUGCCCUUCGCGCGCGGCGUCAGCGCCCACCUGGACAAGGCCUCGAUCAUGCGCCUCACCAUCAGCUACUUGCGCAUGCACCGCCUCUGCGCCGCGGGGGAGUGGAACCAGGUGGGAUCAGGGGGAGAACCCCUGGAUGCCUGCUACCUGAAGGCCUUGGAGGGCUUCGUCAUGGUGCUCACCGCCGAGGGAGACAUGGCUUACCUGUCGGAGAAUGUCAGCAAACACCUGGGCCUCAGUCAGCUGGAGCUCAUCGGACACAGUAUAUUCGAUUUCAUCCACCCCUGUGACCAAGAGGAGCUUCAGGACGCCCUGACCCCCCAGCCGAGCCUGUCCAAGAAGAAGCCAGAGGCGCCCACCGAGCGGUGCUUCUCCUUGCGCAUGAAGAGCACCCUCACCGGCCGUGGGCGCACCCUCAACCUCAAGGCGGCCACCUGGAAGGUGCUGCACUGCUCUGGGCACAUGAGGGUCUACAGGCCCCCCGUGAAGACCUCCCAGGCUGGGAGCCCCAACUCAGAGCCCCCCUUGCAAUGCUUGGUGCUCAUCUGUGAAGCCAUCCCCCACCCGGGCAGCCUGGAGCCCCCACUGGGCCGGGGGGCCUUCCUCAGCCGCCACAGCCUGGACAUGAAGUUCACCUACUGUGACGAGAGGAUCGCGGAGGUCGCCGGCUAUAGUCCCGAUGACCUGAUUGGCUGUUCCGCCUACGAGUACAUCCACGCACUGGACUCGGAUGCAGUCAGCAAGAGCAUCCACACCUUGCUGAGCAAAGGCCAGGCAGUAACGGGGCAGUAUCGCUUCCUGGCCCGGAGUGGUGGCUACCUGUGGACCCAGACCCAGGCCACAGUGGUGUCUGGGGGCCGGGGCCCCCAAUCAGAGAGUAUCGUCUGUGUCCACUUCCUGAUCAGCCGGGUGGAAGAGACCGGAGUGGUGCUAUCCCUGGAGCAGACAGAGCGGCACUCUCGCAGACACGUUCAGUGGGGCGCCUCCUCUCAGAAGGAUGCCCCUAACUCUGGGGACAGUCUUGACGCCCCUGGUCCCCGGAUCCUUGCCUUCCUGCACCCCCCUGCCCUGAGCGAGGCCACCCUGGCUGCCGACCCCCGGCGAUUUUGCAGCCCCGACCUUCGUCGCCUGCUGGCGCCCAUCCUGGAUGGGGCUUCAGUAGCCGCCACUCCCAGCACACCGCCGGCCACACGGCGCCCCCAAAGCCCUCUUCCGGCCGAUCUCCCAGAUGAGCUACUCGUGGGCAGGGACAGUGCACACAGACUCUGUGCCUCCGGGAAGGACCUCGAGGCAGUGGAGACGGAUCUAGAUAUGGCUCAGGACACCGAUGCUCUGGAUUUGGAGAUGCUGGCCCCCUACAUCUCCAUGGAUGAUGACUUCCAGCUCAACUCCAGCGAGCAGCUACCCAGGGCCUACCACAGACCUCCAGGGGCUGUCCCUCGGCCCCGUGCUCGGAGCUUCCAUGGCCUGCCACCCCCAACCCCUGAGCCCUCCCUGCUGCCCCGCUGGGGCAGUGACCCCCGGCUGAGCUGCUCCAGCCCUUCCAGAGGGGACCCCUCAGCAUCCUCCCCUGUGGCUGGGGCUCGGAAGAGGGCCCUGACCCAGAGCUCAGAAGACGAGGCCGAAGGAGCGGAGCUGCUGGGAGUGAGACCCCCCAAACGGUCCCCCAGUCCAGAACCAGAAAACUUUCUGCUGUUUCCCCUCAGCCUGAGUUUCCUUCUGACAGGAGGCCCGGCCCCAGGGAGCCAGCAGCAUCCCAGCACCCACCUCCUGGACCUGAAUGAGCCCCUGGGCCUGGGCCCCUCGUUGCUCUCUCUCUAUCCAGAAGAGGACACUGCCCAGCCCGGGAGCCACUUCCAGCCGGUGGCAGGCAUGGCCCAGGCCCACUGAGCCAGCACCCCUUCCCUUGUCUCUUUUCCUUCCCCAGCAAGGACCUCAACCACACUCCAAGCUGGCAGCCAACGCACAGGAUGGGGGUGCCGGGAGAGGGGCCCCCCUCUCUUCUCCAAGUACCCCCCACGCACCUCGGGCCUACCUCAGCCCUCACCCCUCUGCCUGCUCCCAAUCUGGGGGCUCUUUGGGGCAUCAGCUCAGUGACCUCUGGGAGGGGGUCCUGGCCCCCUCCUCCUCCUCUCAGGACUUCCCUUGGGGUUCUCAGUACUUGGUUACCUCAUUAUCCCUUUCUCGGACUCCCUUGGCUUUAUUUUGGGGAAUUAUAGGUGGGGAGGGUUAGGGGUCAGAUCUGUGUUUCUGGGGUCUGGGGAGUGUGGAUAACCAUAUCACGUUUCUGUCUAUCCCUCCUUUAUUAUUAUUUUUAUUUUUGUUGAUUUCAUGAUAUGGUUUUGAAUUACUAUGAAUUGUUUGGGGUCCAUAAGAAUGUGGGACUCUGAUCUUCCCCUAUCCUCAGGUGUCACUGGGGGAGGCUCUGGGCCAGACCUCACCCCCAGCGACUUCUGAUUGUGGCCUCAGCCUCCCAAGCUGCCACCCAGCUCUGGCUUCCUCUUCCACUCCCAACUUUCGGCUGUCCCCUGCUCCGCCUGGACACGGACUUCAUCCGUGGUCUUCCUAUUUCAGAGGAAGCCUCCAACUUCCUCUGCUUCCAAACCAUAUGCCCUCCAACCUUCUCUGGUUCCAGACUGCACAACCUCCAUCCUUCACUGGUUCUAGACCACACAAUCUCCAACAUGGUCUGGUUUAGACCUCAUUCUGAAAAUCUUUCUAAUUCUGGACCUCACAACCUCCAAUUCUGCCUGUUUUCAAACAUCAACAAUCUCCAAAGAAUUGUCUGGUUCCAGGCCUCACAACCUCUAACUCCCUCUGGCUCUAGAAUAGAUGACCAACAGAUUCCAUUGGUUCUAGAACGCACUCUCUUAACCUCCUCUGGUUCUAGACUUCUCCCUAUAAAUCCCUCUUGUUCUACAUCUCACACCCUCUAACUCCCUCUGGUUCCAGAUCUUAUAUCCAUUGAUUUCCUUUGGUUCUGGACCCCACAACUUCAAGCUUCCUGUUGGUUCCAGUCUUCCCAAUCUAUAAUAUAAUACAUUUGGUUCCAAAUCCAGACCUCCUAAUUUCUAAAUCAUUUUGAUUCCAGACCUCAGGAGGCCCAGCUCAUUCCUCUUCAACUCUCCACAAUCAAGACUUGUUUUCCCUGUCAAAAAGAAGUCAAAUGAGUUUUAUGUCUUGAUCUUAUAACCAGUUCUUCCAGAACCGACACCAUGCUCUAGUUCUUUUAGGUUCUGGACCUCAUGGCCUCCACCAUUCACUGUAGACUGCAUGACCUCUAAACCUUGUGACCUCCUGGGUCCUCUGAUCCCACAUCCGAUUUUCUGCCAUUUUUCUGGUUCUAGAACUGCGUUGCAAAUGUCUUCUGAGUCUAGACCUCAUACUGUAAGUUGCCCUGGUUCUAGACCUCAGUGUCCAACUCCCCCUCACUCUAGAUCGUAGGACUCCAAAUUACCCUGGGUCUAGAAUUCAGCCUUCGAACAUCUUAGUUUAGACCUUGUCUUAUAAAUUCCCCUAGUUCUAGAUGUUACAACCCCCCUCCAAUUCCUUCUGAUUCUAGAGCUUAUGGUGCCAAAAUCCCUCUGGUUUUAGAACUCAGUCUUUGGGUUUUUUCUGAUUCUAGUCCUCACUCUAUAAAUUCCUCUGCUUCUGGGCCUCACAGUGUCUAAUCACUUUCCUCUGAUUUCAGAUCCAAAUCCCUCUGGUUCUAGAACCUGCCUUCCAAAUGCUUCUGAUUCUGGAAUCUAGACUUUACCUUGUAGAUUCCUCUGGUUCUGAAUCUUACAACCUUUGAGUCCCUAACUGCAGAUCCCACCCACCUCUAUUCUGGGCUUCCCACCCCACUGAAAAUACCCCAAUUCCCACCCUGUCCUAAGUCUUCCCAUUCCAGACCCCUACCCUCCAGGUCCCGCUGCUCCUGGACUUCUUGCUCAAGCCUCUCCAACCUCGUAUCCCUCUAAUUUCUGUCUUAGAACCCCCUCCACUGCCCACCCCAGCUCUCCUAUGUGCACUUACCUUUACUUCACCCCAGAUGUCUGGGAGACCUGGGGCUCCCUCAGCCCUAUAGGGGGUUCACAAUCCAGAAGACUCUUCCAGCCGCACAGACACACGCACAGCCUUAUCUGCAAAUCACAGGGUGGGGAGAGAGGCCAGAACCCCUCAGCUCUCUGCCACCACCUACGUGUCCCCCUUACCUCCCAGCUCCCUUUCUACAAUGAUGCUACUCUUCGUCUUCCACAGAAAAAAGUCUCCCCUUCUCAGUUCCAUUCACCCCCUUUUGGGAAGGGAGUGCUAGCUCUGUUUUGUCAAGGGGUGACCUGUCCAGAUUGGUGCUGUGGGGAGAGUUAGGGUCUGUUCCCUCCUUCCAUCAGGGGGUGAUGUGGGUCAUCAAUGGAGGGAGCUGUGCUGGGCUAGGGGAGGGGAAGGGAUGGGACCAGCCAUGCUGCCUCUGAAACCCACUAAUCUCUGUACCACCAUAAAGACCUCACCUUGGUAGGAACCAGA